AUGUCGCCAAAGCUAAAACCAUUACUUUUACCACAGCUUGUCGAGGAGCGCAAGAGGAUGGAGGUCUAUCAGCAGUUCGACAUGGAUGAUGAUCGCCAAUAUGUCUACUACACCCACAACUCGUCAUCCUCCGACAUCACAUCUCCCGUUACGCCCACCUUCUCGGCCAAGGGACACCUACGAUGCUCCAGUUCGACAUCCUCUUUGGAUGUUCCCAUUAUGUUGGAUACUCCCGCCUCGCCUUGUACACCGAGCGCACCCGUUCCCAGCCUCACCCCCGCACCUGCGCUUGUUUCUAGCAAACGCCAGCUGCCAGAUGUGGAAGAGGAACCGGCCGAGCGCGAUGAUCAGGACACUGUUGUGUCUGACCAGUUCGACCUGUACGACUGCCUGUGCGAUGAUCCAUGUGUCCACCCCGACGGAGGUGACAUGAUCUUGACCGGGUACGGCGGCGACGACGACGGAAUAGACUACGACUAUGGCUUCACCAGCGAUUUCACCAAUGCAAGCCAGAUGAUGGCGGCCAAGCGCAAAGGGGAGCUGUAUGGUCUUGCGACGCGCGUCAGCACUCGGUUGUCCAACUUGUCGCGGUGGAAGUCGUCCAAGAGGUCCGUGUCGCAGAUCCGGUCGCCAACAACCGAUGUUAGCUUCGAGCGAACCCUCUAUCUCACAUCACCUACCGCGUCCAGUCGGUCGUCUUCCCUCUCGCUCCAUUCUCGCCGCCGGCCAGCAGACCGAUCUAGCGAACCUCCCUUGCCGACCGGUGCCGCGCGCGCUUUCUGGGCUAGUGACGAGGACAUCGCAGCGCCGCCGUGCUUGACGGUCGACCCUGACGGAGAAGACGACGAAAGCGGCCGACUCAAGGGCACGAGCCUCGAACGUGAGCGUGCACUUGCCGCGACGCCGCUGUUGCCCCCUUUGCUCACCGGGGUGGCCAAGGAAGGACCGCAAGAGUCUCCGCUCCAGUCGCCUUCUGUCGCACCGUCCACAAGUGGCCUGCCCGAGGUGCCCUCCUUUCCAGCUGCGUCUCGAGAGCCGUCUCAAGCACCCACUCCUGGGCUUAGUACCGUGCCGUCCUAUUCAUCACUCCGGCCUUUCCAAGACGAGCAGCAACAGGCCCAACCGGAGGCAGUUGUUCAACAGCAGCAACAGCAGCAGUCGGCCGCGACGGCCCCUGUGUUUAUGCAAGAGAUGGACGAAUGGUCUGAUCGGCUUGGCCACGCCAACUUCACCAUUCAGCCCCAGCCAUACCUGCCCGAAGAGGCCGCGCCCGAUUCCCUGCAGCAGCUUGUCGCGGACUGGGAGGCGGCACGCAUCAACUACACCAAACACAUCGUGCGCACGGGCGAAAACUACGGCCAGACGUCCAAGAUUUAUGCGUUGACCGAGGCAAAGUGGGCGGAAAUCGACGGCGCGUGGCGGGAGGCGCACGAGACCACAUUGAGACGGGUCCCUUCCCUGGCUCAGGCUGCUUCGAAGACGGAGGAACCGGUGCCGUCGUUUGUCCCCGUCCGGAGUACGAGCGCGCAUCACAGAGCGUCCCGCAGCAGGAGCCGCGGCCGUGCUCGCGGUAGGAGCCGGGCCGGUAGCGCCAGCGUGGUGGCCAUGCCGCCUUCGAUGACGCCAGCAGCGGCGAUGCUUCCACAGCUGGUGGACGCCCAGGGGAAAUUUCCGGAGCGUGGAGACGAGGACAUUGUCGGUCCCAUGGUUCGCGAGGCUUGCAUGGCGGCGGACAUGGGCGACGACCGCAGGAACCGGUUCUGGAAGCAGCUGGCCGACAAAGUCGGGCUGCGAAGAUGA